AUGUCGCUGGCUUGGCCGACUCAAUACGCACCCGCAAGCUUCCCAGCAACGCAGCUUCACGCCUCCGCCACCGCUCCACCCCCUCCAGCGCCGUCCUCGCUCCCUCUCUCCUCGGCCCUCCCUCCCGCCCCUCCCGCGCGCGACCUGCACAGCGCACGCAUCAAGUUCGUCCUCGACAAAGUCCGACUCGAACUUGAUGCGGCGCGCGAGGCGGUCAAGGAGGUUUGUAAGCUGCAGGAGGCGGUUGAGGGGGUUAGGGAGGAGGUGAGGGUCCUGAAGAGAGGGUGGGACGAGCGAGAGCGCGAGCUGAAAGAGGCGUUCGUCGAGGCUGUCAAGGAGACGAUGGAGGAACACCUCGCUCCUCUUCGCGUCGGACUCGCGUCGCUCGCGGACCAGUUCAACGCCUCGCUCUCGACGCAGAAGUGCGAGUUCGAUGCAGCUCUGAAGGACGCGAGCGCUUCAGUCGUGCGUGAGACGGAGGAGAAGGUGCGGUUGGUCGAAGAGGAGGUUGGGAAGCGGAUUCAGGAUGUGCGUGGACAGAUCAAGGACGAGAUGCGGGCCGCGACGCAGAAACUUGAGGAGAAGCUGACGGGGGUGGUCAGGACCGCUGAGGGGGAUGCGGCAACUGUGCGAGCGUUGGAGGACAAGGUUGAGGAGCUGGAGGGCAAGUUGCGCGUCGCCGAGCAGGAGCAACUCGCCGCGAAGCAAGAACAGCUCGAAGCCGCAGCGAUUGAAGCAGCGAAGAAGCAGCCUACUCCCCCGUUCCAGCGAGCAGCUUCUUCGACACCGGUCCGUCCCCCCUCGAGCGCUUCGCCUACCCGUCGUCGCCGUCGUGGUCUCUCGUCCGCCGGGCUCAUCGCCGUCCAGGCUCGUCCUACGUCCCUCCCUUCCCUCAGCACCACCCAGACGCAACCUGAGCAGCCGACGUCUUCCUCCGCGCCCGCAAUUGCCCUCCCCUCUGCCGCCUCGAAGCCGCCGCAGAGCGCCAGGUCCACCCGGCAGCGUUCAAAGCGGCGCAUCAUCGAGCAGGACGACAGCCUCGACUUUGAGCAGGACGUCGAGGCGAUUGGCGUUGCGAGUGGACGAACGCCGGUAGCAGACAAGAGGGUCAGCCGGUCGAGCAAGCGGAGGAGGGUGAUUGAGCAGGAGGAGACGCCGGUCGGGUCGCAGGCAGACAGUGCAGGCUCCGCUGAGCAGGUCGCGUAUGCCGGCGAGGGCCGGGAUGGACAGACCGAGGCGAGCGGGGUCGACGAGGACGAGGAGGAGCCGGACACGCUCGAGUGA